AUGCACGGCGUUUCAGGCCGGCGCAGGCGAUUCCCCUCCCACCCCAAACUCCCUCCUUACGCGGGCCGCUGUGCGUUCCUGCUGCGCCGCCUACUUUUGUCCGCCCUACCCUUUUCCGCAACGAAAGGCGUUGCAUUAUCUGCGAAUCCGCAGCGCGGCCGUAUUCGAAAGAAGCUGAAGCGUUUCGCCAUUCAUCCCGUCGCCGUGAUCGUCGAGCGUUUCAAGUUGACCCCUGUCUCCCCCGUUGCCCCGGGUCGUCUCCCCGGUUUUCCCGGGCCGUCUCCGCUGUUUCUUCGGGUUGCCUCCUCUGCUGUCGUCAUGAAGCCCUACGGGCGGCUGUCUCACUUCGGCCUCGCCGCACUCGUCGCGGGUCUCGUCGCCAUCAGCUUCCUCGCGACCCACGCCAGCGCUGCUGAUGACGUGUGCGGCAACAAGGACUGCGGGACCGACGCUGAGUGCAUUGCGACUGCUGAUGGCACUGCUGUGUGCCAGUGCUUUGAUGGUUCUAACUUCAGCGAUCUCGACAAGACAUGCGAUGGUGAUGUGUGCGGCAACACGGAUUGUGGCACCGAUGCUACGUGCGCUGUGACUGAUGAUGGCACUGCUGAGUGCCAGUGCUCGGAUGGUUCUGUGUUCGACGAAUCUGACAAGACUUGCUACGGUGGCCCGUGUGCCACAAAGGAUUGCGGGCCCGAUGGUGUGUGCACCGUGAGGGGUGAUGGCACUGCCGAGUGCGGGUGCCGUCAUGGCUACGCCUUUGAUGACUCUGACCAGACGUGCUAUGCCCCCUUCCUCCGGACCACGCUGCGGCUGCAGGUGAAGGGCCCUGGUCUCGACCUGGGAUUCACGGAGGACCAAAACUUCCCCACCUCGCAGCCAGCAGAGCGAGCCAGCGGCACCACCACGUGCGCCGACCUCACCCCCAGCUCUGACCUCGGCAUCUCUGGCAGCGCUGGCAGCUUUCGCGGCGACAUCAGGAUCACGGUCGUGUGGAAUGCGUCCAACGUUGCUGCGGCCGGCAACGGCAUGUGCAAGAGCGUGGCGUUUCACAGUGAGCCCGGCUGCACGGACAAGCCGGGGUUGACCAUCACGCGCCCUGCGCGGGUUGGCCGUUACUACCCCGUCACAGAAAGAACUGUUAAAGCAAUGGAUAUGCCGCAAUCAGUCUCCUGCGAGAUCACCACAUGUCACAAGGAUUGCGGAGCGGCUGAGUGCGUUGUGAAGGACGGCAAGGCCCAGUGCAAGUGCCCCUGGGGUUUCGUGUUCAACGAAGCUGAGAAGAUGUGCAGCAAUAAGUCGUUUACUUCUGACUCAGACCCUUGUAAGACGGGAACGCUUAAGUGCGCCAAGAACUCAACAUGUGUUGUGAAGAGUGGGCAGGGCAUGUGCGAGUGUGACGCCGGCUACACCAAGACGGGCGCCCAAUGCACUGCCAUUUGCAAGCCGGCCUGCCCUGUGAAUGCCCAGUGCAUGGUGGUGCGGGGAAUGCCGGUGUGUGAGUGCAAGAGAGGUUUCAAACUGGAGACGAGCAAGUGCACACCUGUGUGCAAUCCCACGUGCCCUGCGAAUGCGGAGUGCAAGGUGGUGAAAGGAAAUCCGGCAUGUCAGUGCAAGGCAGGGUUCCGAAUGGCGAAUAACAAGUGCACACCUGUAUGCCAGGCUAGCUGCCCUGCUAAUGCGCAGUGCAAGGUGGUGGGAGGAAGCGCCCAGUGUCAGUGCAACUCAGGGUUCCAGAUGCACAACAGCAAGUGCACACCCGUAUGCCAGCCUAGCUGCCCAGCUAAUGCGCAGUGCAAGGUGGUGGGAGGAAGGGCGCUGUGUCAGUGCAACGGAGGGUUCCAAAUGCAGAACAGCAAGUGCACACCCGUAUGCCAGCCUAGCUGCCCGGCUAACGCGCAGUGCAAGGUGGUAGGAGGAAGGGCGCAGUGCCAGUGCAACGCGGGGUUCCAAAUGCAGAACAGCAAGUGCACACCUGUAUGCCAGGCUAGCUGCCCGGCUAAUGCGCAGUGCAAGGUGGUAGGAGGAAGGGCGCAGUGUCAGUGCAAGUCAGGGUUCCAAAUGCAGAACAGCAAGUGCACACCCGUAUGCCAGCCUAGCUGCCCUGCUAAUGCGCAGUGCAAGGUGGUGGGAGGAAAGGCAGCCUGCCAGUGCAAGGCGGGUUUUCGAAUGCAGAACAACAAGUGCACAC